CCAACCAGUUUGCGCGCCACACACACAGUCCAGCUGCUCAAACGUUUCAUGUCUCGCCACACUGUAUCCGACGUCUCACAUUUGGGUCGCCGCCUCGACUAGUGGAGGGUGUCGUCGUAGGCGCUUAGCCAAACGGUGUCGUGGCAGCCCAUUGUUCAGGACGCCUUUGUCUUUCGCAGCGGCUGCACGAGGGGAAAAAGGAAAUCACUUUGCCACAAAGGAAAAAGCAAUGGGCGCUACGGCACCGUCUUGCUGUCUGAUUGGAUGAACCAUAUGCAUUUCCCCUGGCUAGAAGGAAGAACUGGGAAAAAAAAGAAAACUGAGCGGCCGAAAUGCCCAGCGUCCAUCCUCUGCUUGUGCGGCUUUGGCCAGCGCUUGGGGCGAAGGAGGCCCGUCAAUGCAAGUGUUUGAAGUAACAAAACCGCCCCCCCCUCGGCGUGCCCUGAUCCGCGCUGCCUGUUUGUAUUCUAUUUCUGCUCGCUACUGUUUCCGGAGAGCGUCCGUGAUCUCCUACACACGUUCUUUUCACUCGUUUCGUCUCUUUGUCCCUAGUCCUUGCGCUUGCUUUUCGUUCUUCCGUCUCUCAUUUACACCUUUGUUUGCUUCACCUACCGUUCUUUCAACGCAAACCACAAUCGCUACUUCCCAGCCAGCCAGCACGACAAGUAAAAAAUAAAUCCAACAAAUUUACACUCACAGGCAUUUCGCUACUCGACUGAUUUCGACUGUUUGUCGCUUUACCGAUUUUUUUCGACUCGUGGGUUUGCUCGCGUUAUACCAUUGUCAACUCUUAGCAGCCGCCAGCUUUAACUACACGGGCGAUAUUCAUUCGACAGCCGACAUUGUCUAGUUUUGUUUGAUUAGCAGCAGAUUAUGCUAUUUCAUUAAACCGAAGACACUCUCAAACAGCAUAUUCGACGGCAUUGCCAACACAAACACUUUGUGCGACCGGAUAUCGACCCAGCCACCUUAUCAGUAGUAUAAGACACAACAAGCCGUGAGUGCUGGGGGGAACUACGGGCAAACAAAAUGCUGCCAUUUAGUGGUAUUCAGGAUGCAAAGGCGUCGAUUCUCAUGACGCUCCUUUGCAUCCUCGACGCCGCUGCAAUGGCACAGGCUCGCAUUCCCAGCCGGACUAUGGCGGCUGAGGCUGAUCUCGUCCUUGUCGACUAUCCUUUUGCUCCGACACCAGCACCACAACUACCCGAAGAACUCAGACGCCGACAACUCAACACAAUAUGCGGUUACAUAGGAGGUGACCCGAAACUGCCCGCCACCUGCUCGGCAGGAUCACAUUGCGUGGCUGAGAUGAACCGCAACGUCAUUGGCUGUUGCCCUGAUGCUGGGCCAUGCAGCACUGGCGUCUUCACAGCAUGCGUGGAUCGCAACAACCCAACCAAUGGCGCACCCAAUCCUUUAGUAUUUACCUGCUCAGGAAGCAAUGUCUGUUAUAAGAACUCUUUUGCCGGUGGCUUCACACAGUUUGGCUGCGGCUCCGCUUCCAACCUCGCUACUAGCGUGGCUACUGCUGCUUCUGGCCAACCCGCAGUCGUCUUUGGAUCUGUAAGUGGUCUCGCUGCACCAUCCAACACUGCUGCCUCCAGUACGGCUUCAGGCGCAUCGUCUGCUUCCAGUUCUAGCGGUGGCUCUUCUUCAGCUUCCGCUUCUGGCCCGUCCCAGACCCAGCCUAGUGCUAUUAGCACGGGCAAUGCGGCUUCUAGCGCAGCUUCUUCGGGUGCCAGUACACAAACAAGUGCUAGCAGUGCCUCUGGAUCCAACUCCAAGUCCGACUCCAGUUCCAAGACUUCGGGUGCAAGUUCAAACAGCGCGUCAAACACAGCCUCUAGCACUGGUUCGAAGGCGAGUUCAAGCGCUGGCUCUGGUGCUAGCUCUAGUGCCAGCUCUAGCUCUAGCAGCGGUUCAGGUUCGAGUUCCAGCUCAGCAUCCGGCCCUACAUCAACAACCAAUUCGAACCCUGCCACAACAACUUCUCCCUCAGCGACCCUGCCAUCCAUGUCUAUUAUCGUGACGCAGAUAUCUGAGAAUAUCCCUGCAAGCGCGGGAACAACAUCUUCUCGUACUAGUGCUACGGGCAACGCCGCUUCUCAGGCUUUGGAAAAUGAGGGCGAGCCCAAGACAAAUAUGGCAGCCAUUAUCGGUGGUGUAUUGGGUGGUAUAUCAGGCAUUGUUCUUAUUGUUGCCGCCAUCCUCUUCUUCCGCCGCCGCCAAAUGAACAAGGACAAUGAAAGAAGAUCACCCUCUGCGCAAGGUUCGCUUAUCAGCCGCCCAUAUAUGACUGACGGUGCCAAUGGAAGUGGCUUCACUGGCGACGAUGUGUACGGCACAGCGCUGUCUGGUAACCAUAGACCGGCGCCAGCACCGCCCAUGGCUGCAGCACAGGGAGCGGAUAGGUGGCCACUCGCUGCGGCUAAUGCCCGUCCGUCUAGUUCAGUCUAUGAGCCUGGGGGCUACAGUAGGACUGGAUCGAACAUGUACGGCAAUCGAGGUCCAGACUUCUCUCCGGCUCCGGUGACGCGAGAGGUCUUUUCACAAACCGGCCCCGGGCCCAUCAUGGAAACACCGCCGAUACCUAGAAGGAGCGGCAACAAUCCUCUAUGGCAACAAAACAGAUACGAUUACGGGUACUCGGCCCGGCCGUGAAGAGCGCCGCGCGAUACCAAGAUAGACGUUACUAAUGGUGAUGAAUGUAAAAUUACAACUACUACUAGAGAGCGCAGCUCCACGCAGUGAGGUGGUGUGAGAAUUGGCGUUUUGUGAGAGAGAGCAUAGCGUGGGACUUUGAACCCUUGUAUCAUCAAUUCCCUUUUUUUUGUUAAUUUUUAUGGCUGAGGAAGAGGCAAAAGUAUCUUAAUGGCUGACGGGUGGGUGGGCACGCAGCGGUAGAUAGACAGCAAACAGUUUUUAAUAAUUGCAACAUUAAACUAC